AUGCCUACCCCGCCAUCGACGUCGCUUCACCCCUCAGGAACCGCUGCAAAGGGGAAAAAUGAAUCGCAACUAGCGGUGAUAGAACCCCCCAAAAGAACACGACGCGAAGCCAGGGACUCGGAGACCAACUCAGCGACGUCUUCCUCUAUCCUUCCUCUGCGUGAUGAACUCACACACUCUCCAUCUGCGUCCACAGCUAGCCAGUCUGAACGUCGGCGGUCAAUCAGUCCAGCCCGGCACAAGAGGCUCCUGGAGUAUGCCACCCCAAGAGUCCGCUAUCUGAACGAGUGGGAUAAUCCCGAGGAUAGCGCUGCCCAGAGCUUGCGGGAUUUUCUACCAGAGAGGCCUUAUUAUUGGGAGCCGAAGCCCGAUAAGAUCCAAGAAGUGUUAAUCGGCUCUCGGAAGUGCGUGACCCAGCAGCGGAGUGAGACUUCCUGGCCUAACGGAAUCGACUGGGUCGUCGGAUUCCCCAAAGAGCGAUGGGAGUCUUUGUAUGCCAGCGCCGCUGCCAAAUUUCGAAGCGCGUUCAUCAAUCAUGUCGAUCAUCCCCAUACCGGAACACAAGUGCUAGGCUGUGGUUGCGAAAUUAAACCUCCAGAUGGGGACUUGGUUGAAGCCCAGGUUCAACUUGGUGUGUGGGCGGCAGGGUUCUACUCAUGGGCCUUCCAGAAUCCACCGCCGAUGGUCGGCUUCAUCCCCAUAGGCCAGUGCUGGGACUUCUAUAUCAUCUAUGCAGUUCAAGAGGAGACAGACGGCGGCCAGCUACCAAAGCUUGGGGAGGUCCGCGUGUGGGGACCUUUGUCUGAGCUUGCCGGACGAACUUCAAACGAAGGGACAUGUUACUCACUGGUCAAAUCUCUGCGCCGAGUGAUGGAUGAAUCGAACGAAAUCCCCACCCCCUAG